GACUCAUUGAGGCUCAUAUAGGCGACCAACAUGAACAUUGGCCGCUGAUUUGUCCAUUCCUCAGGCAACUAGAUAGUCCAGGCAAGGGCCUUCUGCCUGCUACCGUUACAUACACAAUGACUGAGUCAUUGUACAACAAUGGUAGUGGUGUGUGUGCCAGAGUUGCUGGGAUGCGCUUUGUAGCUCAUAAUCUGCUUAAAUGGCAGGCCUCCUGCCCUUUCGCCAUGUUUAGCUUGCUAGAGAGAACGACUAUCCGCUACCUCUCAAGUCUCAACUGAUUUGCUCUGGAAAUAUCCUGAGCCAGAUGUAUAUACUGUACGACUCCGAUCAAGAAUCUAACAAUAGCGACAGCGAUAGCGAAAUGUCGUCAUGUACUGAAGAGGAAGCUACAUGCGAGAGAGGCGCGCCGACGACUUCAGACCCGGAGUCUCAGCCUGUGAACUAUGCCCCUACCGGUUCCAUCUGUGAGGUUCAUAACCUCUACGAGUCUAAGCCGGACAAAAGGGGUCGCACAUCGUGGACAAAGGAGUACCCUGACGACCUCAGUGUCCCGGCCGAGGAUACUGAAUCUGGUCAGUACGCACUCCUGGUGCGAAAUGUUAAGUGCUACGACGGCCGCAAACCCCUACAGAUCCACUCCAUCGUUGUUCAGAGUACAUUGCUGAAAGAAUUCCUGGCCAAGGUCUUCAAGAACUACCCCGGCCUGACAAUGACACUAAAGCGGGUUGAGUUCAAACCGCCCUUCAUGCCGUUUGUCCACCGGUGGGAAGAGUUCUCAAACGCCCGGGAGGAAGUCAAAGACCCCAAGACCAAGUCUGUGGUUGACCUGCUCUAUAGCAUUCUAGAGGAAGAGCUUCGUGAGACUAUUACCCGCAGGAAGGACCUGAUCCUCAAUGGCGUGGUCACACACGAUUUACUCUGGACGAUUUUUGAACCGGGAGUCCAUGUUUACUGUAUUUAUGGUGACCAUGAACGUGUCUUCCAGUCGGUGUCGGCCUCCACCAAUUGUGAAGGAGUAUUUGUUGUGUCCGCCAAGUACGUUGACUAUGAUGGAACCGGCUUUGGAUAUAGGAAGAACAGCCGAUACAUCCCGCCUUUCCAAGGAACACUGCCAAUCAAUGCCCUACCCGUUUUCCCUCUACAUUUUCACCCGAAUGCAGGCACUGUACGGGACAAUCUGAUUUCCCGGGGAAGAUUGUGGGAGGAACACAGCGGUUAUCACUACAAGCAAUACGAAGGGCCUGGAUUCACCAAAUUCAUGGGUCAGGAGAUGCAGCUCAACGUGAAGAGCCGGGUAAUUAUCGAUGGCGAGGCCUUCAAUACUUUCAACCCCAACGACUCAACUAGAGUUGAUGGCUGCAUAAAAACUCUCAACGAUGAGCAACGGCUUCUCGCAACUCCUACGUUACGUGGGUACUCGCUCAAGGAUAAAAAGUGGCUUGAAUUGUAUCUUGAAGGGGUAAGGGAUAUUGUCUGGGACUCACGGGCUUUCGACUCACUGGUCCUUCCGGCGGAGCAGCAGCGGCUGAAAGGCCUGAUUCUGGCCAUCGCAAAAGCUCAGUCGAAGCAGAUGGACACCUUUGACGAUGUAGUGCAGGGCAAGGGUCGGGGCGUGAUCAUACAGCUGAGUGGCCCUCCGGGCGUAGGAAAGACGCUCACGGCUGAGAGUGUGGCAGAGGUCAUGCGGGUUCCUCUAUAUGUCCUGAGUGCGGGAGACCUAGGCACAUCCGCUGGGAAUGUCGAAAAGGCAUUGAAAGAUAUCCUUCGCAUGGUCCCGAAGUGGGGUGCAGUUCUUCUGCUGGACGAGGCGGAUGUGUUCAUGGAGACGCGCAAUUCUACGGAUCUGGAGCGAAACGAGUUAGUUUCGAUCUUCUUGCGACUUUUGGAAUAUUAUGAGGGUAUUUUGUUCCUCACGACCAACCGUGCAGAAAGCAUCGAUCCAGCUUUCGAGUCGCGUAUUCAUGUGUCGGUUCGGUACCCUGACCUCGAUGCCAAGUCACGACGUCAAAUCUGGGCACAAUUCCUGGGCGGAAAUGGAGGAUUCUCGUCGGAACAGCUGGACUAUCUUGCCCAGGUGAAGCUAAAUGGCCGACAAAUCAAGAAUGUAUUGAAGACGGCGCAUCUUCUUGCGCGCGAGCAGGAUCAUGAGAUUGGAUAUGAUCAUAUUCGGACGGUUUUGGAUUUGCGGGUUCCAAGUAAUGCGAGCCCGAUGGAUGAGACUGAUUAAUAUAGCUCAUCCUUGGGUGCAAUUCAGAGAUGUUAAUGACGCAAGGAAUCCUCUGUUGUAAUGAUAUUUUCGAUACACGCAUAUUGUGAGCAUUUCUACGUUUUGACCUAUUUCUUAUGUUUUACAAGUCCUCAUGAGAAAUAAUGCUUGGCAUGUGUCACUGUCACUUGGUUUGUGAACAGCAGGGUUUGUGUGAGUCUUUCGGUUGUAGUUGGAGUUUUAUCCACCUCAAAGCGGUUUACCU